GUUCUCUCAAACUCAGUCUCGAGCCCUUGUACAUGAUAGCACGCUACCCCUCCAAAGACUGAUGUCGGAUACCAUCUACGUAUAGAAUCUAUAGAUUUUUUUCUGUAUCCUCGAAAUUUUCACUUGCCCAGCAAACCGUCAACCCAUAAUGCUAUCGAGAAGAAGCUGGGCUACUCUACUGCGGCGACGGCGGCUUCUUAGCACACGAAGCUCGUUAACAUCGCUGCAUACCAGUACGCCUGACACAUCUACAAGACUACUGCCCUCGCGUCCUUCUCGAGAAGCGCGUAUUCGGGCCCUACACACGGCGACUUCAAACUCAAACUCAAUUCCAGAUACUUAUGAUGUAUGCAUUAUCGGUGGAGGACAUGCAGGCUGCGAAGCGGCGACAGGCGCUGCCCGUACAGGCGCACGAACAGUACUGCUAACCCAGCGGAUCGAUACUGUGGGCGAGCUCUCAUGUAAUCCCUCUAUUGGUGGUGUUGGAAAGGGUACACUAGUGAGGGAAGUCGAUGCUCUAGAUGGCCUUAUGGGAAGGAUCGCAGAUAAAGCUGGGAUACAGUUCCGCAUGCUCAAUGCUUCGAAGGGUGCAGCUGUUUGGGGCCCUAGAGCGCAGGUGGACCGUAAAAUCUACAAGCGCCAUAUGCAAGACAUCAUUUUUAGCUACACAAACCUGGACGUGCGUGCUGCAAGCGUGUUUGACCUCGUAUUUGACAACAGUCCCUGCGAAUCCACUUCCUCGUCAACGUGGGGGACCGUGACGGGCGUCCGCCUAGAGACAGGAGAUAUCAUCAGGUGUUCCAGGGUCGUUAUCUGCACUGGGACCUUUCUCAGCGGUGAAAUUCACAUUGGGAUGCGUCGUAUACCUGCAGGACGUAUCGGAGAGGCACCCUCGACAGGUCUUUCUGCAUCCCUCAACGCAGCAGGUUUUAAACUUGGACGCCUGCAAACUGGCACGCCUGCAAGGCUAGAUAAGCAUAGCAUUGACUUCAGCCGGAUGGAACGGCAAGAUGGAGAUGAAAAACCUCAGCCGUUUUCAUUUGUUCAUCGGGAAGUAGACCAUGCUAACAACCAAAUUCCGUGUUUUCAAACUCACACCACACUGGAAACGCAUCAGCUCAUCAAGGAAAGUAUGCAUCUCAGUGUACAUAUACAGGAGACCAAGAAAGGUCCGCGAUACUGCCCCUCACUAGAAGCCAAAAUUACCCGCUUUGGACACAAGGGCAGUCAUACCAUCUGGCUUGAGCCAGAGGGAUAUGAUUCAGACCUGAUAUAUCCCAACGGGUUGUCAUGUUCAAUGCCCGAGGAGCUUCAAGAACCAAUGAUGAGAACAAUACCAGGUCUUGAACAAGUCAAGAUGCUGCGGCCGGCAUAUGGUGUUGAAUAUGAUCAUGUCGAUCCCCGUGAGCUGACCUCGACAUUGGAAACAAAACGCAUCAAGGGUCUUUACCUCGCUGGCCAGAUAAACGGCACAACGGGUUACGAAGAAGCUGCCGCGCAAGGUUGCCUUGCAGGAAUUAAUGCAGGUCUUUCAGCCCAAGGCCGUCCCCCAAUGUUGCUCACCCGAGCGGAUGGAUUCCUGGGAGUGAUGGUAGAUGAUCUGAUAGGCAAAGGAGCGGAGGAACCAUACCGGAUGUUCACUUCUCGUUCGGAAUACCGGAUGACGCUGAGGAGUGACAACGCUGACAUGCGGCUGACUGAGAUUGGGCAUUCUGCUGGAAUUGUCUCUCCUGAUAGAUGGUUAGCCUUUUUGAGCGACCGAGAUGCUAUACAGCGAGGCACUGAGCUCCUCACAAACGUUGUGCUCAGCCCGCAGGGUUGGGGGAGAUACGGAUUUGAUAUUCGACGAGAUGGCAUCAUGAGGAGUGCGUACGACAUGCUGAUGAUUCCAGGUAUAACCGCCGCCGAUCUCGUACGUUCCGGAGCUGUUCCAGGUCUUGAUUUUGUGGAACCUCAUAUUCGAGCACGAAUCGACAUCGAAGCAUCCUACGCUCCUCACCUCCCACGACAACUGGCAGACCUUGCAUUAUUCCAUGCCGAUGAGUCCCUGCAACUGGAUCCUGAUAUGGACUACUCCAAAGUGCAAGGAUUGAGCGAGGAGGUGAGGGAGCGCUUACAGAGGAUCAGGCCCACGACUUUGGGUGCCGCAAAACGCAUGGAAGGCAUGACUCCGACUUCUGCGAUCUACCUGCUGAAGCACGCCAAGAGGACAUGGCGAGCAACUGGCGCACUAGAACCUAUCAGUGAAGAGCAAGUUGAAGCGGUACAUUUGGCUGAUCACCGGCCUCUUGCGAAGGCUGCAAGUGCAUGACUGUCUUCACGGAGCAUCGUCAUUUACUGUCAGCAAUGAUAUAUAAUCACCACUCAUCAUCUUCGUCUUCUGUUUGCACCAGGGUGUCUUAUAUCAUAUACGUUUGAAAAGUACUGCAUAUGACAAGCUCCAUUGUAAAGAAGGA